GAGUUGCAGGCAGAAGUGAACGCCCAUCGGAAACACCUGAACCACGUCCUGGAGAAGGGGCGGAGCCUGGCCCAAUCCAGUAAAUCAGAUGGGGAUGAAGUGCUCCAGAGAUGCACGCACCUGAGUGCAGAGUGGGAGGAGCUAGAGGAGGCGUGCAGCAGGAGAGCAUCUCACCUGAGCAAAGCCAUCACCAGAGAACAGCUGCUGUUGGACUGCUCAGAGCUGGAGUCCAGGCUGACUGAGUCUCUCACUCUAGUGAACACCGAUGACUACGGAAAAGAUGAGCUGGGAACACAGAGUCUCCUCACCAAACACAAGGUGUUGGAGGGCCAGCUGGAGGUGCUGGAGGUGGAGGUGGAGGAGUUAGGAGACCAGGUGGACCAGGCGGAGCAGAACUGGAGCCUCGAGGAGCUCAGCCGGCCUUACAGUCGCCUCAGAAGCCUGAACCAGCAGCUUCAGCACCAGGCGGCUCUCAG